UGAAAAUGCUGCUAAAUAUAGUGGUGAAUAUCUUCAUAAUUGUAUCGUUGAAGACCCUGACUUUGGUGAAAAUCUUGAGUCAGCUAUAAAAAACGUUCUCAGUGUUGAUGGAAUAGCUGCUCCUAUGUCAAAUGAUCAUAAACCUGAUAAUGAUGCAGAUGCAAACACUAAAGCCGAACUCACUGAAGCAGGAGCAAAAGCAUCCUUGAAAAAUGACACUGAAGCAGAGGCAAACCCUAACCUACUACAAAUGUAA